AUGGCCAAACGAAAGAGACACGGCGCCAAUGGCGGCGAGGCUGUCGCCGAUGCCGUGCCCAAAAAGAAGUCGAAGGCUACAAAGUCUGCAAAGUCAACGACGAAGGAGCUCUUGGUGCCCGAGACGAUACAGCUCGUCGCGGGGUCCUACGACCAAGUGCUCCAUGGCAUGACGGCGGCGAUCGGGCCCAAGCAGGACGUCGACUUUGCCGACACGUUCCUCUUCAACGCACACACCUCGGCCGUCCGCUGCGUCGCCGUGUCGCCGGCGUCGGCGCCCGUCCCGGGCCAGACGCAAAAGGUGCUCCUCGCCUCGGGCAGCACCGACGAGCGAAUCAACAUCUACAACCUGUCGGCGCACCCGCCCAGCAAGAAGAACCAGGACGUGCUGGCCAGGGUGGCGCCGCGGCCGAUCCUCGAGAACCCCAAGAACCGCGAGCUCGGGACGCUGCUGCACCACUCGUCGACGGUGACGGCGCUGCACUUCCCCACGCGCUCCAAGCUGCUGUCCGCGAGCGAGGACUCGACCAUUGCGGUGACAAGGACGCGCGACUGGUCGGUGCUGAGCAACAUCAAGGUACCCAAGGCGAAGGCGCAUGGCCGCCCGAGCGGCGACACGGCGGCUUUCGGAUCCACACCGGCGGGCGUCAACGAGUUUGCGAUUCACCCGAGCAUGAAGGUCAUGAUUAGCGUGAGCAAGGGCGAGCGGUGUAUACGACUGUGGAAUCUCGUCACGGGAAAGAAGGCCGGCGUGCUGGGCUUCUCGAGGGAGAUGCUGCAGGAGGCUGGGGAGGGCAAGCACUCGUCGGGUGAAGGCCGGACGGUGGUUUGGGGGUCUGCGGACGGCGCGGACGAGUACGCCGUCGGGUUUGACCGCGGCGCGGUGGUAUUCGGCAUGGACAGCGUGCCCAAGUGCAUAGUCAUGCCCUCGCCAUCGACCAAAAUUCACCAACUACGCUACGUCACGAUCGACGAGGAGGCCGGGCUAUCGCUGCUGGCCGUGUCGACCGAGAACGGACGCAUCGCAUUCUUCUCGACCAGAGACGACGACCUCUCGGAACCCAAGGAACAGAACGACAAGACCCAGCCGCUCAAGCUGGCGAAGCUGGUGGGCUACGUGGGAGGCAGAGACGCGGGUGUCACAGGCCGCAUCAAGGACUUUGUCGCGCUGCCGAGCGAGGCGAACAAGGGGACGCUGUACGUCGCGGGCGCGAGCAGCGAGGGCAAAGUCCGGCUAUGGACGCUGCAGGCGGAGGAGCUCGCGGCCGCGGUGAAGGAGCCGAAGACCGAGGGGCCGAUGGGCAAGCUGCUGGCCACGUACGAGACGCAGAACCGCAUUACGUGUCUGGCUGGGUUCAUGAUGAUUCCUCGGCCAGAGGGCGCGGAGGACAGCGAGGACGAAGUGGACGACGCGGAGAGUGAUGAGUCGGAGGAUGCGUCUGACGAGGAGUGA